CAUCUCCUCCUCCUCCUCCUCCUCCUCUUUCCUUUCUCCGCCUUUGCGACUUCUCUUCCCAACAUCUUUCUAAUUCUCCCACACCCACCACCACACUUUAUCCCACACACUAGCACUCUUCCUCCCACGAUUCCUCCCACACACCCUUCUCCCCCCUCUUCGUCGCUUGUCACCCGAUCCUCCGAUAUUAGCUUCCCUUUUCUCACUGGCCUAUUCCUUUCCAACUCCUAGCCAGUUCAAACUAAAAGAGUGUUCAGUCCUCCUAGUCGACAAUCACACUGAUAGUGGGGCCGCAGUCAGACUGCGCCAAUUUAUGGCAUAAACAAGCCACCGGCAAAGCAUUCAUCUCCUCCCGGCUACGACUCAUCCUGAAGAUGAACAUGCGUCCGGAUCAACUUAGUGGACCGUGGGAUAGACGAUCAUGAACAACGACACGCGCCAAGCCUCCGGGGGCGGCAGUAAAUCCAAGCGACGUUUAACGGAGGCCGACGAAGAGGCCAAGCAGACCCCUGCUGCAGACGACCUCGCCUCCAAUCCCAAACGCCAACGGGUCUCACGCGCUUGCGACAGCUGUCGCUCCAAGAAGGACAAGUGUGACGGAGUGCAACCCGUUUGUUCAACCUGCGCCUCGCUCUCGCGCCCAUGCACCUACAAGGCCAACCCCAAGAAACGCGGCCUCCCAACCGGCUACAUUCGCACCCUCGAGCUGCUAUGGGGGCUCGUCUUCAGCAAAAUUCAGGGGAGCGAGGAGGUCGUGCGCGCCCUCUUAAGGGCCGCCAAUAUCCCCAGCCACCUCGCGACCAUGGGCAAGGAAGCCGAAGGGUCUGACACCCUGCUCUCGUCGUGGAAGAACAGUAUCGUCCUCAAGGAGAUUGAGAGGCUUCUGACCUACCUGGAGCAACCGGAAGAUGACCCAGGAGGGGUCCGACUCCCAGGGGAGACUUACUCGCCGCAGGACGCCGAAGGCAGUAGUGUCAUUUCGACCGAUGCGCUGGAAUGGAAUCUCUCAGAAGUGCUGGGAGAGGCGCGAGAAGGUUCUCUGUCCAUGGUCUCCCCCAUCAAGACCCCGACAGCGGCGUCCACCAUGACGAGGACUGCCGCCAUCCGUGUCACCAGAGACACCUCCACGCAGACCAUAGCGCCACUCGACACCCUAGACGAGCUGUCCAACCCCUCUCUCGCUCGUCUGCCCUCCCACCUCACCUCCAAUUCCGACCCUAUCAUGCAAAAACCUCCCCAGCUCCCCUCCAAUGCAUGGGCUCUCUUUGACAUCUACUUCACCUAUACACACUGCUGGUUUCCCAUCCUUGAAAAACAUGAUAUUCUCCGAACGGCCUUUCGACACAAUGACGGCGAUGACGAGUUCCAUAUUUCACUUACUAAUCCGGGCUCAGGAGAUCACGCCGCAUUAUGGGCGGUGCUGACUCUUGCCUCCAUCCAAGAAGCAUCAAUAUCCGCAACCCGUCAGCUGGCAGAGCUUUCCGCUGAGCGGCCGGACCCUAGCCAACUGUAUGCGACAGCAAAAAGUCUCAUUCCGGGCGCAGAUGGGGUCCACGAGCUGGGACAUGUUCAGGCUCUGUUGAUCUUAUCUCUGGUCAAGGUGGGGCAGCAGGAUUGGACGGCCGCGUGGUUGCUGGUGGGACAAGCGGUCCGGGUAUCCCAGGCUCUGGGUUUGAACCAACCACCUACUGGGCAGUCUCAAGCCCCUGAAGAUGGGAAAAGUACGGGGCGGUCCAAGCAUGUAUUCCUGGGAUGCUUCAUUCUGGAAACACUCGUAGCCAUGCAGACAGGCCAGGUGCCGUCGUUGCGCAAAGACGAGCUGCUGAAGAUCGGCCCAGUCAAUGAGGAUGGGUUGGAAGAGUGGCAUCCGUGGGAGGACCAGACUGGCCUUCGCCCGAUCGAGUCGUCUCGAGCAUCAUUCCAUCGCGGACCCUUACACGCUCUGAGCGCGUUCAAUCGCCUCACCUCACUGUUGUGCAUUCUGAAUGAUUUGUGCUGCUUGAAGCAGACUUCGGCAGGUCCGAUAUCGCAGCUGGAGGCGCUGGAGCGCCAACUACAGCUCUGGGUGUCUGCGCUUCCGAAAACGUAUCGUGUGGGAAUCCAGCUGAACCAGACGAAGGUUGCCUCGCCGCAUAUAUUUAACUUGGAGAUGGUCUACGAGGGCGUCGCUACGAAUCUCAGUCUGCUGAUCGCCUCCCACAGAGACGAUCGCAUGGUUCCUGAUAUACCUCGGAAGAAGCGAGCCCUGGAAAGCUCCAAGCGGCUGUUGUCGCUGCUCCAGACAUAUAUGGAGACGUACAGCUUGUCGGCUACCUGUCCGAUCUUUGGCAUGGUGUUGACAUUUGCCACCUUCUCGGGAUCCGAGAGCGCGAAUGCAGCGCUUCCCUUCGAACUCGACCCCGGUCUGAAGCAUAAGCUUCAAUCCUUUUCGGCACAUCUUGCGACUGUCUGGAAUGUGAAGGGAAGGGAGUCCGGGGGAUUGAUUCCGCCCGAUAGGAUGCCGGGUGUGCCCACGCCUGUCGCUCCCGCCGCGAACCGACAGAGGAGUCUGUCGAAUAGAGAAUCGAUCUCUCAGAACGCUUUCCCACAGUCCAAUCUACAGACGCCCACGGAAGCUGCCCGGCGCAAAAGCCCGAUGGACGAGCCCCGGUCCAAUUUCGCAACACCCGACGCUUUUUUCUCUCACAGUUGGAUGCGAACUUCCAAUCUUGAGGAGAAUGUUGCGUUAUCGAUACCUACUCCAGCACCCUCAUUGAACAUCACCACCACCCAUGGCAACGAGCCACCACUUCCUCCAUCCCAGCUCAAAGAGUCCAUCACCCACCACCCGCGGACCUCUAUCUCCUCCUCCAAGCCGAUGAAUGGCACACCCAUGAUACCCGACCUGACCUCUCCAUUCCACCCCGUCGGUCCUCAGUACCAGCAAGCCUACAGCGACCCUAAUCUUGCAUUUGGCUCUUUUGUGGACAUCGACGGGUAUGGAACGCGACGGCCCAAGAUUGCACCUGAUUUGGAUGCGUUGUUUGACGAGCUGGCGUCGCUGGAUGGGACUGAAAAAACGGACAAUCAACCCGAAUUUAUGCAGAAUCUGGGUUUCGUGCCUGACGCUGGGGUUCCGGAGAUAUACUCGUACUCGACGCAGGUGGAACCGUUUCUGCUAGCUCAGACACAGCAACAGGUGCCAUGUCCGGAGCCGGGGAUGGUACGACGGGAGUCUCAAGCGGUGGAGAGUGGGAAGCGAGCUUAGCCUACGAUCUGUGUUGGCUUUGAGGAGGCCGAACACACUACGAGGUGCUAGGGGGCUUAGAAGCACAACGUUGGAGGAGAUGCUGGAGGGCGGAAAAGCAAACCGCCAUGUAAAUAUUGACACAAACCAGGUGUCAUACAUACACAUAUAUAUCAUAUAUCAAG